UACCGCUGAGUUGCGAGUACGACGAUGGCGAAGUUCUUCUAUUGGGUUGUGCUCCUUAUAGUUCUUAUACUCCAGAUUGUGGCGGGUGAAAUACGAAACGUAGGAUGGUGGAAAAAUGCUGUCUUCUACCAAAUUUAUCCGAGAAGUUUUCAGGAUGAUAACGAUGAUGGUAUUGGCGACUUGAUAGGAAUCACGAAGAGAUUGGAUCACUUUAAAGACGCAGGAAUCGAUGCAAUAUGGCUGUCACCGAUUUAUGCUAGUCCUAUGGUAGAUUUCGGUUAUGAUAUCUCCGAUUUCAAACAAAUUCAUCCAAAUUAUGGAACGGAAGCCGAUUUCGAAAUGCUAAUAGCGAGGACUAAACAAUUAGGAAUAAAGGUAAUCAUGGAUUUAGUACCCAACCAUACAUCUGAUGAGCAUGAGUGGUUUCAAAAGAGUCUUAACAAUAAUGACACGUACAAAGACUACUAUAUCUGGAAGGAUAAGCCGGAUAAUAACCGAACUAUCAACAAUUGGAUCAGUGUUUUCGGAGGAUCACCCUGGACAUGUACCUCUCGACGGACACAAUGCUACUUUCAUCAAUUUCACUACAAACAGCCAGACUUAAACUUCCGCAACGCCGAUGUUCGAGAAGCAAUGAAAGACGUAAUUAAAUUCUGGUUGGACAAAGGAAUUGAUGGCUUCCGUAUUGAUGCAGUUCCCCAUUUAUAUGAAGACGAAACUCUCCCGGAUGAGCCAAGGACCAAUGCCAUUAAUGUCACCGAUAGCGAAUAUGCUUACUUGGAUCAUGUCUACACCAAGGAUCAGCCGGAAACAUAUGACCUGGUUGCGUCCUGGAGAAAAAUCCUGGAUGAUUAUGCGAAUUCAACCAAUAGUGAUGAGAAGGUGAUGAUGACAGAGGCAUACACAACACUGAAAAAUACCACAAAAUUCUAUUCCUUCGGUUCCCACGUUCCAUUCAACUUUUUCUUUAUAACUGGUGCAAAUCAAUACUCCAGUCCACAUCAGUUCAAGUCAAUUAUUGAUGCAUGGUUAAAUGAAACAGCACUUACCGAAGGAGCGAUUGCCAACUGGGUGAUGGGUAAUCAUGAUCGACCCAGAACAGAAAGUAGAUAUCCAGGGCGAGGUGAUCAGAUGACAAUGCUUGCCAUGAUCUUACCAGGAGUUACAGUUACAUACUAUGGUGAAGAAAUUGGCAUGAUUGAUAAAACUGACAUUACUUAUGAAGAAACACAGGAUCCUGCUGGUUGCAGUGCUGGACGCGAUAAAUACAAAGAAAAGUCACGUGAUCCUAACAGAACUCCGAUGCAGUGGGAUAAUAGCACAAAUGCGGGUUUCAACUGGGGUACAAGCCCAUGGAUUCCUGUGCACGAGAAUUAUUCUAUGCUAAACUUGGCUGCACAAAAAGCGGCAAAGUAUUCACAUUAUAAAAUUUAUCAAAAGCUUAUACGCUUGAAGAAGACAAAAGCAGCCCUUAUGACAGGUCAAACGCAAGUUUUGGCCUCAAAUGACGGGAAAUCGCUUUCGGUUAUAAGAUCUACGGAUUCAGAGGUCGUCAUACUGAUAAUAAACUUCUCCAAUACGGAGACUGUUACCGUUAAUGUGCUAGACCAAGUACCCACACUUGCUGCUGCUGCUGGAUUGGUGGAAGCUGCUACUCUGGGUUCACCGAUCAAAGAAGGGUCGACUGUGAACCUCAGGAAGGUGCCCAUCGCAGCCAAACAAUCUUUAGUCUUGUCGGCCAAGAAUAAAAAAUAAAAUGUUAUGUAACGGAGGUGACUAGAUUGGAACAAUCGCAUUAUCGUCAGUCCUGUUUUUCUUCAUUCAGUACUUUUCCUUAUGUUGUUGCCUUAUUGUUAAUUACAACAUGAAUAUAUAUUCCAUAUACCCGAGUAAUAAAUCUAAAAAUAAGUUGA